AUGAGUGCUGAAAAACAACAGGUUUUGAUUUCAAAAACCCUUUCAAGGCUGCUUCGGCACCAGGCAGUGAAAGAAAACUUAUCCAUUGAUGAAAAGGGUUUUGUACCUCUUGAGCAGAUUUUGAACCAUCGUUCUAUGAGGUCACUAAAAGCAACACCUAAAGACAUUUUUCUUGCUGUCAAUCAAAACGAUAAAAAGAGAUUUCGGAUUGUAUCUCGAGAAGGAGAACAGCUGGUCGAUGCCCCAGAUUACAGGGAAAACAAAUUAUACUAUAUUUGCGCGCUACAAGGACACUCUUUAAGUUUUGUGAGUCAAUCUUACGACAUGGUUAAAUUAACUCCACAAACCUUUCCUGAAGUCAUCGUGCAUGGAACGUAUAGAAAGAAUUGGAAGGAUAUCAAACAAACUGGUGGCUUGAGUCGAAUGAAAAGAAAUCACAUCCAUUUUGCUAAAGGAUUGCCCCGAUGGCUAUCCAAUGACUCUAACAAUAAUGUUAUCAGUGGCAUGAGAAAAAGCUGCGACCUGUUGAUUUAUCUGGAUGUUGACAAAGUGAAACAGAGCCCUCUCACUUUCUACGAGAGCGGGAAUGGCGUGAUUUUAACUCCCGGCGACGAAAAUGGCAUUGUGGGUCUACAAUAUUUCAAGAAAGUUACUGACAUCGAAGGUAACACAAUAUGUAUUUGA